AUGUACGCUGCGGUGGCGCUGUCCAAGGCGCUGUACGCGCUCCCACUGUGCAGCCUGCGAUCGCAUCUGUGGCGACACAUCGACUGCGACCACCGACGAGUGCUCCGCAUGCGCCACGGCCUGCCCCGCGCAUCCCGACUGGCGGAGACGCUCGCAGAGGCCGGCGCGUGGCCCGUCUCCCUCACCGCUGAUCUGCACGCGCUUGGCCACAUCGAGCGCCUAUCCCGUGCCCCAGGUGCCGGCCCCAUGCUGUCCUACCUCCGCGGACUUCCCAAGUCUCGUGUGGGUAAGCUGUUCGAGCUGUACGACAGCCUGGUGGUCGAUGCCCCUGCCACCCCUGCAGCAGGCUGCCACCAAACCAGCGUGUGCCGCUGCGCGUGUGCCUCGACCUGCCGGGGCGUCCGCUCCAAGCACCGCACCCCUCAUUGCGCUGUGGUGCAGGACGCUUCUGCACGGAUACAGGGCGACCUGGUGGGGAGGGCACACCUCUACACGGACGGUUCUGUCCGUCAGGACGGUUCCGCGGCCGCCGCCUGCGUUGUACCGCACCUCGAUGUCGCGAGACAGUGCCGCCUGUCCUACCGAGCUUCCUCCACCACAGCGGAGCUUGUGGGACUCCAUCUGGCAGCCGACAUCCUCGAAGAGUCGCCGUUCCUCAACCGAGCGGCGAUUCGUUGCGACCCGAGGUCCGCUUUGCGCCACUUCCUGCUCGACGAGCGCGCGCCGCCACUGGCGCAACGCGUUCCCUGCAGGCUGCACACACUGCAGCAACAGGGAAGCGACCUGCGCCUUCAGUGGAUACCCUCGCACGUCGGUAUUUCAGGGAACGAGUCGGCGGACGACCUUGCAAGACGCGCCCACGAUCCUUAA